AUGCCGAAUCAUAAGUUGGUAUUAAAAGUUGGUGUUCCCAUCAUGCUUUUACAUAACCUUGAUCAGAAAAACGGUCUGUGCAAUGGUACAAGAUUACAAGUCGUUACACUUGGUGAUCGGAUUAUUGAAGCAAAAGUUAUUUCUGGUAAUAAUAUUGGUACUAGAACUUUUAUUCUAAGGAUUAAUCUUUCGCCCUCUGACAAACGAAUACCUUUCAAGCUUCAAAGAAGGCAAUUCCCGAUAGCUGUGUGUUUUGCAAUGACGAUAAACAAAAGCCAGGGACAGUCAUUAUCGAAGGUUGGUUUGUUUUUAAAGCAGCCUGUUUUCACUCAAAGACAACUAUAUGUUGCAGUUACAAGAGUCAAAAGCAUGGAUGGUUUAAGGAUGUUAAUAUUAGACAAUGAUGGGAACAUUAUUAAUAAAACUACAAAUGUAGUGUACAAAGAGAUAUUCUCAAAUUUAUAG